AUGGGCAGUCCCUGCGAAGAGGGCUUGGAUGAGAACUUCCAACAGCAGCUCUGGCCCAUCCUGGCUCUGCAGUUCGCGUUGGCCGUCGCUGGGAACGGCUUUGCCAUCUACCGCUUCCUGGCCCGGGGGCCCCCCUCCUGGCACGCUGGCAUCGUCUACGCCUUCAACUUGGCGCUCAGCGACCUGAUGUACGCCUUCUCCCUGCUGCCCUUGGCCAUCUAUUACCACUCCGGGAAGGACUGGAGCUACGGCCGCCCCUUCUGCCGCCUGGACCGCUUCCUCUUCUUCUGCGACCUUUACGGCAGCACUUUCUUCGUGGCCUGCAUCAGCCUGAACCGCUACGUGGCCAUCGUCCACCCCUUCUUCGCCCACGGACGCCUGGAGCCCCGCCACGCCAAGUGGCUCAGCGUCGGGGUGUGGCUGCUGGCGGUGGCCAUCUCGGCCCCCGUGCUUGAAUUUUCAACCACGGAACUGAGAAACGGAACCAAUCGAACCCUGUGCCUCGGAAGUGCCCCCCGGGCCCAACUGAGGCAGUACUGGCCCUACAGUUUGUUCCUGUUGACGUUCGGCUGCGUGCUGCCCUUUGUCUUGACCGCCUUCUCCUGCGGGGCCAUCCUGUACACGGUGCUGCGCAACCGGAACAUCACAGCGGCGGAGAAGUGCAAAGUGAAGGUCCUCAUAGGGGCAGUGGUCGCCCUCUACGCCCUGUCCUACCUGCCUUACCACGUCCUUCGCAACCUGAACCUGAAGGCCCGCAUGGCAGAAAAGGAGGACUGCGGGGCGUCCCGCUGGAUCCACACCCUCUACCAGCUGGCGAAGAUCGUGGUCCACUCCCACAUCUGCCUCCACCCACUGCUCUACGCUGCCCUGGCCGACAAUCUGCAGGAGUAUUGCUGCAGAACCUUCCGGAGGAGGAAAGAGGGGGGAGAGAGGGGCGUGCCCUUGAGGCUGUGCGACCAUCGGGCCCCUCCGGGAGACCCCCAGAACCAGAGCUGA